UCUCUCUCUCUCUAUCUCUCUCUCUCUCCAUUGAUCUUCUCACUUUCCUCGGACUACCAGAGAACUCGAUUGUUUGUGUUUCCUCGGGAAGACGAGUAUGAAGAAAUGAGGUGAAUUGGGGAAGAGAGGGGGAGGAGGAAUGGAGUGGGUGAAGGUCGCCGCUUCUUUGAAUGACGGAGAAGAGAGGAGAAGAGAGGAGGAAGAGGAGAGAGGAGAAGAAAUGGGGGAAGGAGUGUUAUACGUCAAGGUGAUGACAGACGAGCAAAUGGAGAUUCUCCGCCGUCAGAUCGCAGUGUACGCCACAAUCUGUGAGCAGCUCGUCGAGAUGCAUAAGGCCGUCUCGGCUCAGCAGGAUUCACUAGCAGGAAUGAGAUUUGGGAGCAUGUAUUGUGAUCCCAUGCUGACAUCAAGCAGUCAUAAAAUUGCUUCAAGACAAAGAUGGACACCAACACCCAUGCAGCUCCAAAUUCUUGAGAACAUAUUUGAUCAGGGAAAUGGAACGCCAACCAAACAGAAGAUAAAGGAAGUAACUCUUGAGCUGACAAAACAUGGUCAAAUUUCUGAAACAAAUGUUUACAACUGGUUCCAGAAUAGAAGGGCGAGAUCAAAACGCAAGCAGAGUUCUACAGCACCAUCCAAUACUGAAUCUGAAGCUGAGAUAGAAAUCGAAUCCCGAAAUGAUAAGAAAGCCAAGGCAGAAACAAUCAUAUCCGAGGAGAUGACUAAUCCUUCAUUCCAUUAUAAAGAAAUGAACUCUGAAGUGCAUUCAUUGAACCCAGGGACCAACAGAUUGCGAGACUACUCAUCAUUCUUCGAAGCUUCUCUUUCAAACCCAAGAACUGAUAACUUGGCGGGGAAGAUGUAUUAUACAGGAAUUGAACACAUGAUGGAAAAGAUGGACGACUCCUGGGAACUUUAGAGACAUUUUUGCCAUCAGACUGACCACAGAUAUAACAACAGAAGGAACCAGAAAAAAAGAUUGUUCUGCGAUAAAACACAGGGCUUUCAUCAAAAUCUUGCAAUUUUAAUGGUGCUUUUAUGAUCUUAAGAACUUCUAAUUGUUUGUUCCCCAAGCUUAAAAGUAUUUCUUGGUGUGAUCAAGAUUUUCGUAGACAUUAGAAGGCUGGCUUUCAAACUGUUGCUAUUCUAUUUUUUAUAAAUAGAAUUAUUUGAGUAAGUUGCCAUGGUUAUUUUGAAA